GGCGCAGUGGAAGCAGAGGCGCUAAAACAGAUACCUGAACUGGUUGAAGACGCCUCGGAAUUACAGCAUGUCUAUGCAUAAAAACACAGGAGACAGUUCGACUGUUAAGACGUCGGAGGCCACACAACACAAACAAACCCACAUACUGUAUCCAACACUGCCAAACAUAAACAGAUUUGAGGUUUGCUUGCCACUCGGCUCUACUGGGGAAAAACUUUGUGCAGCUGCUGAGAGUCACAAUGAGCAGAAAGACACACAGUUGGAAGAGCCGGUCAGUGGUUAUUACGCCAUGAAAGAACAGAUUCUCAUCAUGGAGCAGCAGAAUAAAGAGCUUCUUGCUAUUAACAAUAAGUGGGCAAAAGAGUACAGAACAAUGGUGCAGUAUUACAAGAAGAAGGUCCAGUUUUUAAAAGCAUUAAAACAAGAUGGUGUCUCUGAAGAGGAGAGAAGUGAUGAAGAAGAGAGGCCUGUCACAUUCUGUAAAACUGAAAAGCCUGGAAAAGACAGAGUUCGAACCGAGUUACGGACUGCAGAGGAGGAAACCGAAGAGCUGCGAGCGCAGAACCACACUCUGACCCGUAGGUGGCAGCAUCAGCAGGAGGAGAUCAGGAGGCUCAACAAGGCCUUAGAGGAGACGAUUCAGAGAUCUGAGCCUCUGGAGAACAGCAGUGAAACACUACAAGACAUCUGGAAACAUCAGGCUGAAGUCUACAAGGAAGACUUUCUGAAAGAGCGCAGGGACCGGGAGAAGCUGAAGGGGAAAAAUCUGGAACUGGAGAAGCGAUAUAAAAAGGUUCAUGACGAGCUGCGUGUCUUCAAAUCCCAGGUGACUUUGGCGCAGCCGGUGCACUGCUGUUCCUGCACGAAUCGACCCAAACAGCCGGACAGGGAGCACCAGCACGUCCAGCAGCAACAACGCUACACUUUCUGCAGCAAAGACUGAACGAAACGUUUAGAGUUUGAACGAUGAUGUUUCAGUGGAUCUCAGUGGAGGAGGAGGUCCUGACAGAAGAGCCUUCAGUAGGACAAGCUGCAGCAGCUUCAUGUUACUGAAGACGCAGAAAAUGUUGUGCUGUCAAAACACUAUGACGGAUGUAAGACUUCUGGGGAAUGUUUUAGGGCAUAUUAAUAUGUCUGCAAGAAAGGAAGGAAUAAAACACAACCAUAAUUGUUUGCUUUAUCACAUAGUAAGGAAAAGGAGCUGAAUCUAUGCUGUAACUACAGCUUAUAGCACUCCAGUCCUCAAACUCCAGUCCUCAAGGGCCGCUGUCCUUCAGUUUUUAGAUGUGCCACAGGUACAAAACACUGGAAUGAAAUGGCUUAAUUACCUCCUCCUUGUGUAGAUAAAUUCUCCAGAGCCUUGCUAAUGACCUAAUUAUUCUAUUUAGGUGUGGUGCAGCAGAGGCACAUCUAAAAAGCUGUUUUUAAAAUCUUUUUAAGACAAUGUGGGUAACCCCUGUUUGUAGUGUUACUUCCAAAAAUCAACACUGCCCUCAAGCGCCGGUGCAGGACGUCGGCCCUUGAGGACUGGAGUUUGACACCCCUGGCUUAUAGCAUCCGACUUCCUAUACACUAUUAACAAUUAACCACUUUUAGGACCUCACAUUUUGCUUUUAAAGAUUGAAAAAAGACAAAAAAGAAACUCAAUGAAGUACUUUGUGUAGUUUUUUUUUUUUUAAGAAAAGUUUUAUUUUAUACAGUAUAUUUAUUUAUUUAGGUUUGAUGGAUUUAAUGGCACUUGUAUUUUCCACAGUUGUUUAUUUAUGAUGAAAAUAAACUUUUUUCUUUA